AUGGAAGAACGUUUUCGUUCAGCUGACAAGUCUCUUGUUGGGACAUUAAUGGUUGAACUCACCACCAUGAAGUUUGAUGGUACUCAUGGGAUGCAUGAGCACAUCCUUGAGAUGUCAAAUCUAGCUGCUAAACUGAAGGCUCUUGGGAUAAAUGUGGAUGAGUCUUUUCUUGUUCAAUUUAUUUUGAACUCCUUGCCUCUUCAAUAUGGGCCAUUUCAAAUUCAUUACAACACUAUUAUGGACAAGUGGAAUGUAAAUGAAUUGGCCAGUAUGCUUGUUCAAGAAGAGACAAGACUUAAGCAACAAGGACAUCAUUCAAUUCACCUUAUAAGUAAAGGAGCCAGUAACAAGUGGAAGAAACCUAAGAAGGGCAAAAGGGCAGAACCACCUAAGAUCAAUGGGCCUCCUCAAGGAAUAGAGGCUCAUGAAAGAAGAUAA